AUGAGUACACCUUCAAUAGCCACAGAUUCCACAGUAGCGGGGACCAGACGCUAUCGGUCUAAGGCACAGCGACCAUGUGACCUAUGUCGCGCACGCAAGGCGCUCUGCAACAUCCCGGACCCGUUGCAACCGUGUCACCUGUGCAAGAGGAUAGGCCGGGAAUGCACCUUUAUUAGUAACCCCGCAAGACAUGCUAAAUAUGACAAGUACCUCUACCAACCAAACAAUAUCCCGGCCAAAUAUGCUGAUCACCCUGCAGAUAGUCCUGCUGAGGACCAAGAUGCCGUCUCGAAGUUUAUGUGGCCUAGUAACAGCCCCUUGAACUGGGAUUUUGGAAACGGCCAACUCCCUCAGACUCUAGAGUUUCAAGACUCGCCGGCUGCCUUUUUGCAGCCAUCCCAAGGACGUGAUGUAAGAUCUGGCGGUGAAGGGGCCCCGCAACCUGCAAGAGAUUCAACUGUGGAAGAACCAAACAUGAAGUGUGCCCACGAAAGAAGUUCAUUAGACGAACGCCCUAACCAUUCUACAACAUUCAUAGGACUCUCGAACGAGUCGGACCCAUUUCUGGUUAAUCAUUUCCCUUACAAUGACCACGAUGAGAUUGAUUUCUUCAGAGUCACAUACAGAAAUGUCACUGGUGACAAAAGCCAACCACUCCAUUUCUUGCAAAGUCAGACUGGGACAGCCACUGAGUCGCAAAGAGUCCUCAAUGAUUGUCUUCCUCAGGUAGAUGAGCGAGAGAAAUUGGAAAGCAUCGUCGAUAAGGCCACAGGAGCCUCGCUUGUCAGGCUAUACUUCAGAUUCGUCUUCCAAGCAUUACCUAUCCUGUCCCGGUCGCGCAUCCUUCCAGACAUAGAAGGUUUUGUCGCAGAGGCGUCGACUGGUCUGUUGGCAGGGAUCUACAUGCUCGCUUUGUCCUUCACGCCAUGGGAUGAGACACUGUGCAUGACCAAUGCUGUUACGAAGCCAAGCGUCGAUGCUCUUUGGCAAAUCUCAUACGUUUGUCUUCAGAGAGAAAUGAACUUCCCACGGCUCUCGACUGUUCAGAUAUAUCUCUUGCUACUGAAUCAGGUCUCCUUUGAUUCCGUCUCAGUCGAGAACCCCUCUGCUUGGUCGAUGGCUGCUUCCCUCCUCGGGAUGGCGCAGUCAUUAGGUCUCAAUGCGGAUCCAAGGGGCUGGAACCUACCACCUUGGGAGAUUCGACUGCGGAGGAGACUGUGGUGGUCUGUCUAUGUCGAACAUACUUGGAGGGCUGUCACACAUGGUCGGUCAUCUAUGAUAAGGCAUGACGACUGGGACGUAUCACCUCUUACCGCAGAUGAUUUUGUCACUGACACUGCAACACCGGCACUUCCCGAUGGAUGUCAAUCACCAGACUACAUAAUCCACCUUUGCUCAUUAACCAGGAUCGCGGAUGAGACAUGCCGAUUGUUCUUCACUCUUCGCGCGAUAUCACAACGCCCGGUACUAGAGACGCUGAUAUCUCAAGCACGUGGCCCCCGACAGCAACUUCUCGACUGGUUGGACCAACUACCCGAAUCUCUCUUGUGGCAUCCCGAGACGGAACCAUCUGCAGAGGACUUCAUAGAAGGCCAUGCUCCGUUAUAUGUUACAUAUUAUACCGCUCACAUUCUCAUCUUUCGCGCCCUUCUGCGCCCCAUCAUAAGUACCAACAUCAACCCCAGUACGCUACCGGCAUUCUCGGCCUCCAUCCUCCAAGCUUCGCGUAGCUUGGUGCAGACCAUAACGAAAUUCAUCUGUGGGCUCGACGUAAGGCAUCAGUCCGCUUUCUGGCCGGCUUACACCAGACACUGUUUGUCAUACCCAGGUCUGUUUUGCUACAUGCUGUCACUGCAGCAAAGCGAGCCGCACAUGGUGUCGUUCGAUCGAGCUUUGCUGGAUACUUGGAGAAAGGCUCUGCGUAAAAGAGUGCAGUCAUGGACAUUUCUGCGAUUUGCCAUUGUGAAGGUGGAUGCGAUCUACUGGAAAGGCCUUCGGGAGCCCGUAUCGGGACCCUGA